AUCUAAUUUUGAAUAUUUGAUGACCCGUAAUAGUUGACUUAGCGACGGUGAUGGCGAUAUUUUUCUAGGGCUUCAUGCGGUUUCAAGGAUGGGAUCCGGGGAUUCUUGGAGACAUAAGGAUUCGGGUCGAUCCUUUACAUGAUGAUCAGAUAACAAGGGGGAUCCGAUUGGUGUUACUGGUGGAUUGGUUCGGGGUGAUCCGGACCGAUGAGGUUUCUCAUAAUACAGAUCUCGUCAUUAUUUGUCGAGCUUCUCUCAUGGGUCAAAGGGAGAUCGUAGGUUUCCAUGAUUCAAUAAUGGAAAAGGAAGGUUGUAAUCUGGGUGGAUCUGAGAAGGUUUCUCGAAUCGGAGAGUUAAUGGAGUUAAUCGGGGUACAUGGUUGGCUUAAUUCUUAUCUGGUGGAGACUUCUGGAAGAUGUCCCUCUGAGGUGUUUCUUUGGUCUGAGUGGAUACAUACAAGAUCUGAGGUGUUCCUUACCGUUCUGGAGAUGGAAAAGACAACAUGUAAGAAAAUUCUUGAGCAAGGGUUGUAUGCUAUCUAACGGGGUGUUCGAUAUAUUUGCAUCAGAGGAGCUUGGUUUCCAGGUGGUAUUAUCGGACCUUGAUUGGGAAUGGGAUUAUAAUAGGAUCUUUAAGACAGGAGAUCAACCUGACGGGUGCUUCUGGGCGAUCAUGUUUGUUCUUGGAAUCCAUAAUUGGAUGUAUCAGGAAGCUGACGAUAAUUGUUACUUUAAAUGGUGUCUGGAAAUAUUUAUUGUUGGGUGGAGUUUUUGGUUUCUGUUGUUCAAUGAAACCACGGACUUCGGCAGGAAUAAUGGCUUUUGUGCUUUCCAUGAUAAUUGUGGUAAUUUUAGUGAAUUUAUAUGGAGUUUAAGGUACUGGAGUUUGGAACAUCUUGUAAUUUGGAAAUAUCAUGAUACCAUUGAAUCUGUAUCUCCUAGCUCAGAUGGAGCUUAUUCAAGAAUUUGUUAUU